GACAUCAGUGAGGAGCAGGCCAAGACCAUUAGCCAAUUUGGCGAGACCUUGAAGAACAACCCCGAGCUUGCCAAGUUGUUGGACGGGUUCCAGUCACUUUUGGCCACCAAGGGCAUCGCUACUGGCGGCCAGCCACCAUCACUCACCCAGAUGAUGAAGAUUCUUGCUGAUAAAGACAUCCGCGAACACUUGAGCAAGUUGAAGGCCGUGUUGGAUGCUUCCAACAUCAAGAUCAACCAGCAAGACUUGUCUGCGUUGACAGACCUCUAC